AAGAGUCGAGCUGCCCCGGGGACAAUUGUUAAGCGACAUUGAGAAAAAAUCUCGCCCUAUUGUUUAUAAUAUCCAUCAUAGGAUAAGUGAGUGGGGCGAAAGUCGGUAGCCAGGGCGUUGGAUGUAGCCGGACUCCUGGCUUCUCCUCUCGAGCGCAAGCUCGCCAAGGUGGACCAAGGGGCAUAUGGCCCUGGAACAUGCUACCAUAUACAAUAUGCACCACACGAAUCAACUAGAAGACGUGGGGUAUAGGAGCGUCGAAAUCACGUCUGCCUUCACACAUUUGCCACAAAAAGACAUGGCGCGCGACACCCCGGGCUCGCCGAUGUCGAGGUCCGCCCGCGAGCAGCUGGCCGCCGCGGCCGGAGCCACCGCCACCCUCACAUCCGGCGCCUACCACGCGGCGGAGCACGCGGCGGCAGCGGCGGCAGCCGCCCUCCACGGCAACGCGCUCCAGCAGAAGAUACUCGAGCUACAGCAGCAGCAUCAACUUCAACAGCAGAUCCUGAGACAGCAAUAUCAGGCCCAGGAGCGACAACUGGCAGAAUUACACGAGCAGCAAAUGCAUCAAUUAAAAUUAUGGGAGCAGCAAAAACAACUGGAAGACCAACGAAGAGAAAAGGAAAGAUUGGAGGCAUUAAGGAAGAAGGACAAACACGAUCACAGCGCAGUUGCCUCUACGGAGGUCAAACAACGUCUUCAAAGUUUCCUGGUGAAUAAGAAGCAGAGGGAGGCAGCUGCCGCGGCUAACGGGGCCGUGCCCGGAACACCCGGAUACAGGACCUGGUUGCAGUCGCAGUCGGACUCGACGAGUUCCACCAAUGCAUCGCAUCCCUACCGAAUGCCACAAAUACUUCAAGAAAAGUUCAGCGACGAUUUCCCGCUACGAAAGACAGCUUCGGAGCCGAAUCUGCUGAAGGUGCGACUUAAGCAGCGUGUCAUGGAGAGGAACAUGGCGGCCACGAGAAACUCACCCCUAAUGGCACGACGGAAGGAUCGACUCCUGUCGCACCUCAAGCGGAAGUCACUCCUUGCAAACUCCGGCAGUAAUCCCGAGUCCGGGCCGAAUUCACCGCCUACGGUCAACAACCCCCAGGCAUCACCGACGGCCGGCGGUGGCUCGAGCACCCCGAUCCAGGAGGAGGGCGAGGGCGCGACCUACGGCGGCCAACUGACUAGCGGCAGCCAACAGGGCAGCCUCUCCGACCUCUCGCUAUUUAGUUCGCCAUCGAUGCCCAACAUCUCCCUCGGCAGGCCCCACGUGCCUUCCAGCUCAACGGGUGGCACGAAGCUGGCGCCGGUCUCGGAGGCGGAGGUGCGAGCCGCUUUCACGGCGCGACUCGGGAUGCCCCUCACCGGACAAAUGUUGCCGGGUACUCUGCCCUUUUACCCCUCCCUCACGGUCAUCGACGGCGAGCCCAGCUACAUUCACAAACAAAUGCAGAGCCUCGAGCAGAGCGGCAGUCGCCAGCACCCGGUUUACCAUCCGACGCCCAUUACGGAUACGCAGGUGGCGCACGCGAGGCUUCAUAAGGCUGGCCACCGGCCACUAGGUAGUAGAACGCAGUCGGCUCCUCUGCCGCUGGGCCACCCGAUGCUCCAGGGCGGCAUGAUGGCACCCCCCGCGACUACCCACUACGAGGACUACCUCGCGGAGAAGCAGCUCCACGAGCAGCAACAGACCCAUAAUUACCUUAAGCAGCAGAUACGGCAGACGGUGCUCACGCGGGUCGGAUCCCGCGGGCAGCCCGGACAGCAGCUCGAGGAAGCACCCGAAUCCGAGGAGUCCGAAGUCAUCGAUCUCACCGGCAAAAAGGAUAUCCCCGGUCAGUCUGCCGGAAACAGCGUCGGUGUCGAGGAGAGCGAGAUUUCGAAGCAACAGCGCGACCGAGAGCAGUUCCUCCAGCAGCAGAGGGACUUGAUGAUGCGACACACGAUGCAAGCCGUGGACGCAACCGCGUACCCGGGGAGAGUCUCCCAGUCGGUGAGGCCCCUGUCCCGGGCGCUUUCCAGUCCGCUCGUCCACCUCGGUCCCCAAGGUGCCGUAGCCGCUGCCGAGGUGUACGCGAGGAGUCCCCGGGAGCAGCCGACCACGGGCCUCGCCUACGAUCCUCUCAUGCUCAAGCACGCGUGCGCCUGCGGUGAGACCGUGCGCGGCCACCCGGAACACGGUGGCCGGCUCCAGAGUGUCUGGGCGAGGCUCUCGGAAACGGGGCUGCUACAGCGCUGCGAUCGGGUACGUUCGCGCAAGGCCACCCUCGAGGAGAUCCAGACCUGUCACACCGAGGCGCACGCAUUCCUCUUCGGCACGAACCCCUUGACACGCCAGAAGCUGGAUAUGUCCAAGAUCCCGAUCACGAGCUUCGUGCAGCUGCCCUGUGGCGGCAUUGGUGUCGAUAGCGACACCACGUGGAACGAGAUACAUACGGCGCCGGCCGCCAGGAUGGCCGUCGGCUGCGUCGUCGAGCUGGCGUUCAAAGCCGCGAUGGGCGACAUAAGGAACGGCUUCGCGGUCGUGCGCCCACCCGGGCACCACGCCGAGGCCAACCAGGCGAUGGGCUUCUGCUUCUUCAACUCCGUCGCCAUUGCCGCCAAACUACUACUUCAGAAACUCGAUCUCCGGAAGAUACUUAUCCUGGAUUGGGACGUGCACCACGGGAACGGGACGCAGCAGAUGUUCUACGACGAUCCGCGGGUGCUGUAUCUGUCAAUCCACAGGCACGACGACGGCAACUUCUUCCCGGGCACGGGUGGUCCGACGGAGUGCGGGGCCGGGGAGGGCCUCGGCUACAACGUGAACGUGGCCUGGUCGGGCGGGCUCAAUCCGCCGAUGGGCGACGCCGAGUACCUGGCCGCGUUCCGGUCCGUGGUAAUGCCCGUGGCCAAGGACUUCGAUCCGGACCUCGUGCUGGUAUCGGCGGGCUUCGACGCAGCAAGCGGCCACCCGGCGCCUCUCGGCGGCUACAAGGUCAGUCCCGCGUGCUUCGGCCGCAUGACCCAGAUGCUCGCUGGCCUCGCCAACGGCAAGCUCGUCCUCGCCCUCGAGGGCGGCUACGACCUCGCCGCGAUAUGCGACUCGGCUCAGGAGUGCGUAAGGGCCCUCCUCGGCGACGAGCCCACGCCGAUCAGGGACGAGGAGCUCACGAGGAUCCCCUGCCAGAAUGCGAUCGACACGCUGCAGAAGACCAUCGCCAUACAAAUGUCACAUUGGCCGUGCGUUAAGCUAAUGGCCCAUACGGUGGCAAUGAGUGCGAUAGAGGCGAGUCAAAAGGAACACGACGAGACCGAAACGGUCUCUGCCAUGGCAUCACUUUCCAUGCAACAGCAAAGUAAUCUUACGUAAGUAUUUUGCCAAUGUUCCAAAGCGUUUAAUUGCAACAAUGAAUCACCCGACGAGCAA